AUGUGGAAUGGGGGUGUGAUGGGACUGGAAUGCUGUCAUGUCUCACGGGCGGUUGAGUACCGAUGGGGAGGGAAUUAUGAUGAUUUGGUGAGUUGUGGACUGACGAGCGCAAAUUUUUUGAAACUUGGGGGUCGUGGGAGGUUCUGGGUAUCCAUUGUGAUGAUGAGAAUCCUUGAGAAUCCACAGCUUCCUGGUGGUGACAUCUCGCCCACUUGGUUGAGCGGGAUUUUUGAUAACCUCGUACUUGGGUACUGGACGGUCUGA